AUGUCUUCUUCAACAUUUGUUCAAGAAAACCAUGUUAAGGGUGACGGCAUUUUGCAUCUUCCAGUGGACAAAGAGAUUGAACAUCUUAUUAGAACUGAUAAGGACUUAAAUAUUACUCGAGCAAUUCAGGCUCCUGCUUUUUCAACUGGUCAAGACAUCGAGGGUUUGAACCUUUUGCCAAAAAGUACCAGGAAAAGAUUGGAAGAUGACAACAUUGAUCUGUCCAGAGGAUAUCCAGAAAUUCCGCCUAGAUCCGAAAUACCAGUUUACCUUGAUCAGGCCUUUGCUAUUAGAAAUCAUGAGUUACCAUACGUUGAACGUGGUAAAGGAGCUGAUCCGGAAACAAAAUCUUUACUCAAGGCAGCUACUGGAAUUCAUGAUCUGACUAAACAUAUUGGAACCGAAAUUGUCGGUCUUCAGUUAAAGGAUUUAACUGAUAAGCAAAAAGACGAACUUGCACUCUUGGUUGAAAAAAGGGGUGUCGUUUUUUUCCGUAACCAAAAGCUUCCUCCUAGAAAGCAGAAGGAACUUGGUGAAUAUUGGGGUAAUGUUGAAGUUCACCCACAAGCACCUCACGUUCCUGGACUACCGGGCGUUACUGUUAUCUGGGUUGAUUAUUGGCAGAAAAAAGGAAUGGACAUCAACUUUAAGAACUGUAAUGAUGGUAAUUUCGAUAUCGUUAGGUACGGUUCCGUCGGUAACCAAGCAUGGCAUACCGACUUGGUUCAUGAAAAGCAACCGGCUGGAAUUACACACCUUCAUUUAGAUGCUAUUCCUGAUGUCGGUGGUGAUACAAUGUGGGCUUCUGGUUAUGCUGCUUACGACAAGCUUUCGGAAGAAAUGAAGAAGUUUUUGGAUGGCAAGAAAGCAGUCUAUACUUCCUACAAUAAGUAUGUGGACAGGGCAGAUCCUUUCGGUGAAAACAGAUUUAUUGAACGAAUUCAUCCAAUAGUCAGAACCCAUCCAGCUACUGGAUGGAAAUAUUUGUUUGUAAAUAGAUCUAUGACCAAGAGAAUUGUCGGUUUGACUCCUGUGGAAUCUGAUGUUAUUUUGAAUUAUUUAUUUGACGUUUACGAAAAGAAUGCUGAUAUUCAAGUUAGAUUUAAUUGGAAAUCAGACCCAGGUUACGGUACCUCGGCUAUUUGGGAUAACAGAUCUACUCAGCAUCGAAAUAUUUGGGAUCAUGAAGGUUUGGAGCCAAGACAUGGUACGAGGGUCACAUCUUUGGCGGAAAUUCCUUACUUUGACCCAAAUUCAAAAUCUCAACGAGAGGCAUUGGGAUUGCCCAUUACAGCUGAUAAAUAA